AUGCUUCUUGCGAUAUGUUCCUAUGUUUGUUUGAUCACCCUCAACGUGCUGUUUGGUAUUGGAGGAGUUAUCAUCUUUGCUGUAGGAUGCAUAUAUUACACCAAAGCAACUUACGUCUCCGAUGGUAUACCAGUUGAGUACCAAAGCUUUGGACAUAUUCCCUUAUUCACAAUUUUAUUUGGACUGAUCGUGAUAUUGGUAGCCUUGGUUGGAUGUUGGGCAGCAAUCCAGAAAAACAGGUUCCUGCUUGUCACAUACUCGAUGAUAAUGAUGCUGUUUCUCGUAAGUCAGCUGGUUCUUGGAUCAUACAUCAAUAUAGUGUUUCAGAGUAGCCUUAGAUCACAAGCAGGUGAAUCUUUGAGGAAGGAUUUUGAUAACUACUACUUUUCUGAAAUCAAAACGCAAAUAGACGGAAUCCAAAAGACCUUGGAAUGUUGUGGCCCAGAUGGUCCAUGCUAUUGGGGUGUAACCAUGCCUCAAUCCUGUAUUUCACCGAACGAUGGGAAAAUCUACAAGAAAGGAUGCAUUUACCCUUAUGUCGAUCAGAUGCUGAAGCCCUUUUAUAUAAUAGGAAUCAUUAUUCUAUGCAUAGCAGGUAUGGAAGCGCUUGGAGUCAUAUGUGCUAUUUGUCUGCUGUGCUCGCCGAAAAUAAAAUCUGGUAUGCAGGAUAUCUACAGCCGACCAAGUUCUUCUAAUUUGUAG